AUGAAGGGUUUGUGUAGAGAUGAGCGCUGGGAGGAUGCAGGAGCACUUAUUGCUGAGAUGGUUAGAAAGGAUUGCCCCCCAGAUGAAGUUACAUUCAACACAGUGAUCAGUUACUUGUGCCACAGAGGUUUGGUUGACUGUGCAAUGGAAGUUGUUGAGCAGAUGCCCAAGUAUGGAUGUAAACCUGAUAAUUUCACCAACAGUGCCCUAGUUAACGCCUUUUCUGAACAUCGCUGUGUGGAUGAUGCUCUUGAGUUACUAAGAACCAUACCAUGGAAACCUAACACUGUUUGCUAUCGAUCCGUACUGAAGGGACUGUGCAGAGCUGAUCGAUGGGAGGAUGUUGGGAAGCUUGUAGCUGAGAUGAUUAGAAACCAGAUGAACCUUGAUGAAGUCACAUUCGGGUUGAUCAUCGACUGUUUGUGCCAAAAAGGGCUAGUUGACUAUGGCGCUGAAGUUUUGGGGGAAAUGACAAAGUUUGGAUGCUCACCUGAUAUUAUCAUGUACAAUUCUCUUAUCAAUGGGUUUUCUGAAAACGGGAGUGUGGAUGAUGCCCUCGAGCUAUUCAAAAACUUGUCAUGCAAACGAAAUGUUGUUACCUAUAAUUAUAUGUUGAAGGGUUUGUGUAGAGCCGAGCGAUGGGAGGAUGCCGGGAAGCUCGUAGCUGAGAUGGUUAAGGAUGAAUGUCUCCUUAAUGAAGUGACAUUUAGUACCCUAAUCAGCUAUUUGUGCCAGAAAGGUUUUGUUGAGUGUGCAAUUGAAGUUUUUGAGAAAAUGCCGAAGUACAAUUGUAUGCCUAAUGUUAUAAUCUAUAGCACCCUUAUCAAUGGCCUUUCUGAACAAGAGUGUGUAGAUGAUGCCUUGAAGUUACUGAAUGACAUGCCCUGCAAGGCAGAUACCAUUUGCUAUAGUGCUGCAUUGAAAGGCUUGUGUAGGGCUGAGCGACGGGAGGAUGCUGGGUUUCUCGAGUCUGCAACUGAAGUUUGUGAGCUAAUGCUUAAGUAUGAAUACAUGCCUAAUGUUUUCAUUUACAGUUCCCUCAUUAAUGGCUUUGCUGAACAAAACCGUGCUGAAGAUACUCUCAAGUUACUAAGAAACAUGCAAUGUGAGCCUGACACCAUUUGCUACAGCGCUGCACUGAAGGGUUUGUGUAGAGCAAAGUGA